GUGAGCAUGACGGACUAUCCGACCUAGGGACGACGUCUGAUCGGCGGCUGGUCAGUGUCAGUAGGCUCACCUUUGCCAGAGUAUUCGCCUCAGCAUGUAGCUCGCUCGGACGCUGUCUCCAGGGGCUUCACGACGCUCAUAGGUGCCGGCAUCCCCGGAUCCGAGCCCGGACCUUGAUCGACCGCACCACAGACCGACACUGCCGUAUCGCACACCCUCUGAGAUAGCAUGCAGCCACUGAGCGCACAGCUAUGUACAACGCAGUCAGUCAUGAAAGACCUACACGAUCUUGGGAUCUGUCCAGGUGAUACCGUUCUCCUGCAUUCCUCUCUCAGAAGUAUGGGGUACGUGGUGGGAGGUGCCGAGGCGAUCGUCACUGCAUUCCUACAAGUACUUGGAGAACAAGGCACAUUGGUCGUUCCAACCCACACGAGUGAGAACUCUGAGCCCUCCGAAUGGCAAGAGCCCCCAGUCCCUGAAUCAUGGUGGCAGGAAAUUCGCGAUCACACGCCAGCGUUCGAUCCAACAAAAAGCAAGACGAGACAGAUGGGAGCGAUCCCAGAGAUGGCCAGGACGUGGCCGGGUUCCGUCCGGAGCGAUCAUCCUCAGACCUCAUUCGCUGCUAUCGGUCGUCUGGCAUCUCGGAUCACCGCAAAUCACGCUUUAGACUGUCGUUUGGGGGAGCAGAGUCCAUUGGCAAAACUGGAGGAGUGCAAUGCAAAGGUGGUUCUACUGGGUGUGGAUUACGGGAGCUGCACAGCUUCUCACCUAGCAGAGUACAGAAUCGGUCGACCGAUGGUUGAGAAUUGGUUCGCUGCGGUCAUAGAUGGGCGAAGACAAUGGGUCACAGUUAAAGAUACGAGGAUCGACGGAGAUUUCGCAGAGUUGGGAGAGCCAUUCGAAGCGGCCUACAAAGUGGUAAAGGGACGAGUUGGCGCUGCGACGAGCAGAGUAUUCUCAGUCCGCGACGCUGUCACUUUUGCCGCGGAUUGGCUUACCAACAAUCGACGAUGACGAAUUGUGGUGGCUCAGGAUCUGAUGAGCUUGCGUGGAGUUUGGCACGUCUGUCACCGGGUGAGCUGGUCGUCGGCCUUGCACCUGGUCACCGAGCUUCAGAAAUUCGACAACACACCUCUCAUCUUCUUUCAGAACCCUGAGCACUCAAGCCAAAGCCUGCACCAUCUCGUCCUUCUAUUCACACUGUAAGACUAUCAGGUCAAGGUCAAAUGAUUGGACUAGGGCGCGGUGGGGCUGUGGCGGUCUUAUACAGGUAUAAGGGAAACUCGCAUGAGAGAUACAACCGAUCUCAGGUCUAGAGCGAUUGAUUGCGAGCUCCUUGUGGUGAUCUUGCAUCAGAUGCUGAGGCGAUUCGCAUGCAUAGCACGAUACGAUCGCCCCACAUAGACCAAGUCGGC